CUCGGCGCCCAGGGCAAGGUGACGGACAAGGUGAAGCGGUGGCUCAUGGAGUCGACAAACUCGGUCACGUUGGAGAUUAUGGCUUUUGAGCUUUUGGACAACAUCAUAGAAGCUCAGCUCGGCAACACCCAUCAGCUGCCCGAUGUCAGUCUUUACGACCAUGAAGUGCACGAGACGUUUCAGUCCCGGUUUGACAGUGUCGUUGCCGCUUUGAGAUAUUCAAAAGCCAUGGUCUACAACCUGAGCCACGCCUCGUUCCUCUGGAGGGUAGCUGCAGGGCCCAAGACGCAACUCAAGGCAAAGACGGCAAACGCAGAACUCAACGGCGCCAGAGCGGAGCGGCAGGCCGUCUACCAACGCGCCGUGCAGGCCAACGACAAAGACGCCCUGAUGAAGGCGGCCAUGACGCGCAGGCCGAGGUACAAACAGCCGGCCAAGUCCUCCCAGGCCGGACUCUCCACCGCCAUGGGAGUUUCCAACGAGCAGCAACCGUUUGAACAGACCCCUUCGUGGCCCGCGAGCAAGCGAUCAGCCACCGAGGCAGGAAUGAUGGCAGGAGAUGGCUGUCCGACAAAGAGGGCGUGUGUGCCAAACCUUGGCGAUCUGGGCCAGAUGCAGGGCUCGUCGGUAUUCCCGAGCUUCUUCGACACCACAAACACUGCUGCCGCCGGUGCCGUGGGGAUAGGGUCCACAGGUCACGAGCUCGCCGCCACCACCAUGUCCUAUCCGAUCGACCCCCAGCUGGGGCACACAAUGACCUUUGCGGACAUGCCGUCGUUUGAUCAGGGACUCGGAGGCUGGGAUGAUUCGCUGGGAGGGAUAAGCAAUGCCGAUAUGCUCGAUCUGAUCCAAGAGUGGCCAGCAGCGCAGUACUCUUCAAACAAUGGCAUGUAG